AUGCGCGAGGAAAAACGACGCGUGCGGGCGCGCGAGGACGCUGCAGAACGAAACGGAAAAGAAAGAGAAGGGGAUCGGGCGCGAUCGGCGGGCAAAACGACGCCGGCACCCCACCUUCUUUCGGAUUCCUUUACUACAGCCUCCACCACGAGCGCGGAGGCGGAGGGGGGGGGCAGCGAAUCGUCAGCGAACACAUCGUUCGAUAGGGAGGGUGGUUUCACCGACUUCAGGGCUUGGAGGCGGUAUGAAGACGGUGCGGCGAUGAUAGGGAAUAGCAUCCGUGCGUUUCCUACCGCCAGCGCCGCCUCUUCUUCUUCGCUACCUCCUCCUUUUUCAUUCUUUCCAGCGUUGUUGGAUACGAAGGAUGAGAUCUGGGAUUCGCUAAUCACCUCCUUCCUCGAAAAUGUGGUUCUUCGGCAGGGAAAAGAGUUAAAUCCGGGGUCGGGCGCGCGUGCGGCGCCGUACUUUCCGCUUUACGAGUGUACGGAUGAGCUGCGAUGCGCCUCAACGCUGCCUUUAUCUGCCGUUCAGCAGCAACGCCUCCUGGAGCUUCUCACCACGGCCGAUUACCUAGGUGAUGCUCUUCUCACGCGCAGCUGCUCGCGGUACUUCGUUUCAUGGCUAAUGCAGGCCUCUGAGCACGAUCUUCUUGCAUCCUUCACGCCCGCGCGCGGCGAGAUCGCGAGACCAACAGCCUUUGGGGAAGACUUUACUGCUAAAGAUAGAAAAUCAGAAGCCAAAGGUGUUAAAGCAACGUACGAUUCAACAGCAGAGACUAGUGUUCAUAUCGAGGACUUUUCUACUCGGAAGGAUCCUUGCGGAGGUGCGGAAAACCGCUGUGAUAGGCUCUGCCUAUCAGCGGAGCAACGACUAGCUUUGCUUGCUGAGGUAAAUCGAACUAAUGCGAUGUUUCUCGAACCAUAUUGCUGA